UAGAUAAUUCCUAUAAUGGAAAUGUGGAAAAUGUAUGUUAUUUAUCUUUCUUAACACUCUUACAUAACCGAUAUUUCCUCUUACAUAUGGCAGCCUUUGCAGUUGCUUUUCAUUGUUGAAGAACACAUACGAGUUUGGAUUCAGCAAUUGCCAAAAUCCGGGUUUCGGAAUAUUGUUGCUUCAAAACCGAACCCAACUCCCUGCCAUUGCUACAACCCGGUGGAGAUGAGAUUUGUCAACUCGGCUUUGUUUCUUUUUGUUCUCUUUUCUCAUGCAGCUGCGUAUGAUCCUUUGGAUCCAAAUGGAAAUGUAACGAUCAAAUGGGAUAUUGUGUCUUGGACACCAGAUGGCUACGUGGCUGUUGUAACAAUGGACAAUUUUCAAAUGUAUCGGCACAUCAUGAGCCCUGGAUGGACCUUGGGGUGGACGUGGGCUAAGAAAGAAGUUAUAUGGUCCAUGGUAGGGGCUCAAACUACUGAGCAAGGUGACUGCUCCAAGUUCAAAGGAAACAUUCCUCACUGCUGCAAGAAAACCCCCACAGUUGUAGACCUGCUCCCAGGUGUUCCUUACAACCAACAAUUCACCAAUUGCUGCAAAGGUGGAGUACUUUCAGCAUGGGGUCAAGAUCCUCAAGCUGCUGUCUCAGCUUUCCAAGUGAGUAUUGGAUUAGCCGGUACUUCAAACAAGACUGUGAAACUUCCCAAGAACUUCACUUUACUUGGUCCAGGACCAGGAUACACCUGUGGUCCUGCAAAGGUUGUGCCUUCCACCACUUUUCUCACCCCUGAUCGCCGCAGAAGAACUCAGGCCCUCAUGACAUGGAACGUGACCUGCACUUAUUCACAGUUUCUCGCUAGGAAAAACCCGAAUUGUUGUGUCUCUUUCUCGUCUUUCUACAAUGAAACCAUCACUCCUUGCCCAUCUUGUGCUUGCGGAUGCCAGAACAAAAAGAACUGUGUCAAGAGUGACUCCAAGAUUCUUAAAAUGGUGGGAGUAAACACUCCAAGGAAAGAUAAUGCCCCGCUGCUUCAGUGCACGCACCACAUGUGCCCAGUUCGGGUGCACUGGCAUGUCAAACUCAACUACAAGGACUACUGGCGUGUUAAGGUCUCCAUUACCAACUUCAACUACCGCUUGAACUACACACUUUGGAGCCUCGUUGUCCAGCACCCUAAUCUUAAUAAUGUAACACAAGUUUUCAGUUUUGAUUACAAGCCUCUUGUUCCGUACGAGUCAAUAAACGACACAGGGAUGUUCUACGGCAUGAAGUACUACAAUGACCUAUUGAUGGAAGCAGGGCCAUUUGGGAAUGUUCAAUCCGAAGUGCUUCUCCAGAAGGACCAGAAUACCUUCACUUUCAAGGAGGGAUGGGCAUUUCCAAGGAAAGUCUACUUCAAUGGUGAUGAAUGCAUGCUACCCCCACCUGAUACAUACCCAUUUCUACCAAAUUCUGCCCAUCAAGGCCUAUUCUCCAUCUCAACAGUAAUUGCUGCAAUCCUUUUCUUGCUAAUGAGCUUUUGGUGAUUGUUGCCAUGGAGUAUGAAUUGGUGGGGGAAGUAGCAUUUGAAGUUUUGGCCUGGGGAGAUUCUACCAGAGAUAACAGGGAGCAUAGAUAUACAGAUUCAAAAUUCUUUAAACGAAUCAAAAAAAUCAUCUUGUAACAAAAUUCUAUCACCAUGGAAUCCGAGUUUGUGAGCAGAGAGAUCAUAUGCACCCCCUCUUCAUAACAAAAAUUACUCAUGAAUUUCUUACACUUUUCAUAUUCCAAUGCCAUAAAAUAGAUUCCUUUAAGCUUAAGAUGCAUUACAGAGGGGUUUCUCAUUAAUGUAUAAAGGUGAUGCACCCUACUGAAAUGCAUCCUUUUUUUUCCCUUUUUGGUUGGUGAUGCACCUUAAUGAAAUGCAUUCAAUUUUA